AUGGCAAAUCUGAAUGGGCCGACUUCGGAUAUGAGAACAGAAUUCUUGAAGGUAUACUCUGUUUUGAAAUCUGAGCUGUUGAGUGAUCCAGCUUUCGAAUGGAAUGAAAAUUCUCGCCAAUGGGUUGAAGAGAUGCUGGACUACAAUGUUCCUGGAGGGAAAUUAAACCGAGGCCUGUCUGUUAUUGAUAGCUACAAGCUGCUAAAAGAAGGAAAAGAGCUAACAGAAGAGGAAAUCUUUCUUGCUAGUGCUCUUGGCUGGUGUAUUGAAUGGCUUCAGGCAUAUUUUCUUGUCCUUGAUGAUAUUAUGGACGAUUCUCACACUCGUCGUGGUCAACCAUGUUGGUUCCGGGUUCCAAAGGUUGGUCUGAUUGCUGCAAAUGAUGGGAUCAUACUUCGUAACCACAUCCCUAGAAUUCUCAAGAAACACUUCAGAGAUAAGCCUUACUACGUGGAUCUAUUGGAUAUGUUCAAUGAGGUUGAGUUCCAGACUGCGUCAGGACAGAUGAUAGAUUUGAUUACUACUAUUGAAGGAGAAAAAGAUCUUUCAAAAUACUCAUUGUCCCUUCACCGGCGUAUUGUUCAGUAUAAAACUGCUUACUACUCAUUUUAUAUUCCGGUUGCCUGCGCAUUGCUCAUGGCUAAUGAGAACUUGGACAACCAUGUGGAUGUGAAAAACAUACUUAUUGACAUGGGAAUUUACUUUCAAGUACAGGACGACUAUUUGGAUUGUUUUGGUGAACCUGAACGGAUUGGGAAGAUUGGGACCGAUAUUGAAGAUUUCAAAUGUUCUUGGUUGGUUGUAAAAGCCUUGGAACUUUGCAACGAAGAGCAAAAGAAAAUUUUAUUCGAGCACUACGGAAAGAAAGAUCCUGCUGAUGUUGCUAAAAUCAAGGCCCUCUAUAAUGAGCUCAAUCUGCAGGGUGUGUUUGAGGAGUACGAAGGCAAGAGCUACGAGAAACUCACUAGCUCUAUCGAAGCUCACCCGAGCAAAGCCGUGCAUGCUGUGUUGAAGUCCUUCUUGGGCAAGAUUUACAAGAGACAAAAGUAA